AUGUCGGCACGCUUGAUCCAAGCAACUUGUAAACGUAAAAACAAAGGUGCAAUAGCCUCUCGAUAUGGAAGAACUGGGCUGAACUUCCCUAAAAUUCGCGUGGAAGUGAUGGAGGGAAAAUAUGAUGAGUUUUUGACCAUGUUUUAUGCAGUUGUUAAAAAACAGCAUUAUGUAUCUCCAGAAGACAUACUCAAAGACACCAAAAAAGGAAUUGAUCAGUAUGAAGAGGUGAAAUCUAAGGAGGAGGAAGAUGACGAUCUUGAAAAGGAGAAGGAUGGGAGUCCAAAUAAAUUGGACGAUAUUCCUUUGGCUUGGAGUUCCAAAAAGUUGUUGGGCUUCAUCGUCAUCCAGAAAAGUAUUGAAGUAGAUCCUGAUAAAGUCAGAGCUAUUCAAGAAAUGCCUACGCCAAGCACUGAAAAUCAAGUCAGAGGAUUCCUCGGACGUCUGAAUUACAUCUCCAGGUUUAUAUCUCACAUGACUGCCACAUGUGGGGCAAUCUUCAAGCUUCUUCGUAAAGAUCAAGGUUGUAUUUGGACAGAAGAUUUCCAGAAAGAUUUUAACAACAUCAAGGAGUAUCUACUUAAACCUCCUAUCUUGUCUCCUCUAGUGGAAAUAAGACCAUUGAUCGUGUACUUAAUUGUGUUAGAAGAAUCCAUGGGUUGUGUACUUGGACAACAAGAUGAAACAGGUAGAAAGGAGCAUGUCAUCUACUAUCUAAGUAAGAAGUUUACAAACUAUGAGUCUCGGAGGAUUGCUCGUUGGAAGAUGCUAUUGUCUGAAUAUGAUAUUGAGUACCGUAUUCAGAAGGCGAUUAAAAGAAGUAUUCUUGCAGAUCAUUUAGCUCACCAUCCAAUUGAUGAUUAUCAUUCCAACAGGUUUGACUUCCCUGAUGAAGAUGUUAUGUACUUAAAAGCUAAAGAUUAUGGUGAACCGUUGCCUGAAGAAGGACCAUAUCCUAGAUCCCAGUGGGGUUUAGUGUUUGAUGGAGUUAUUAAUGCUUAUGGUAAUGGACUUGUGGCAAUCAUCAUUAUUCCUCAUGGUUCUUAUAUCCCUUUCACUGCAAGAUUAAUGUCUGAGUCCUUGGUGUUUAAUCAGAUUCAAGGAGAAUCGGAGACUCGUCAUCCUGGCUUGAUUCCUUAUAAAGAUAAUGCAAGAAGGUUGUUGACUUUCUUCAUCAAAGUUGUGUUUCAUCAUAUACUUCGUGAAAAGAAUUACAUGAUGGAUGCUUUGGAUACUUUUUCUUCCAUGUAUAAAGUAAAUCGAUGGAAUGAGGCACCCAGUAUCAGAAUUAUUCACCUUGAUAUGCUUGCUCAUGUCUUUGCAGUGUCUUUGUAG